AUGUCAAGAGACGCACCAAUUAAGGCUGACAAGGAUUAUAGCCAGAUUUUAAAGGAAGAGUUUCCUAAGAUCGAUUCAGUUGCUCAAAAUGAUUAUAACUCUGCUUUGAACCAAUUGUUGGUGUUGGAGAAGAAAACAAGGCAGGCCUCUGAUUUGAGCUCCUCGAAGGAAGUCCUGGCCAAGAUUGUGGAUCUGUUAACGUCAAAAAAUAAGUGGGACGACUUAAAUGAGCAGUUGACUCUACUCUCAAAGAAGCAUGGCCAGUUAAAGCUAUCUAUUCAGUGCAUGAUACAGAAGAUCAUGGAAUGUUUGAAAAGCUCGAAGUCGUUAGAUUUAGACACCAGGAUCAAAGUUAUUGAAACCAUCAGGGUGGUUACAGAGAAUAAGAUAUUUGUGGAGGUGGAAAGAGCUAGAGUGACAAAAGAUUUAGUAGAAAUCAAGAGGCAAGAGGGUAAGAUCGAUGAAGCGGCGGAUAUUCUAUGUGAAUUACAAGUCGAAACUUAUGGUUCCAUGGAAAUGUCGGAAAAGAUUCAGUUUAUACUAGAACAAAUGGAAUUGAGUAUAUUAAAAGGUGAUUAUUCUCAAGCCACAGUUCUUUCAAGAAAAAUUUUAAAGAAGACUUUCAAAAGUCCCAAAUACGAGUCAUUGAAAUUAGAAUAUUAUAAUCUUUUGGUGAAGAUUAGUUUGCAAAAGAAGGAGUAUCUAGAAGUUGCACAAUAUCUGCAAGAGAUUUAUCAAACGGACGUCAUUAAAUCAGAUGAGGCUAAAUGGAAACCUGUUUUAUCUCACAUUGUAUAUUUUUUGGUCCUUUCGCCUUAUGGCAACUUACAAAAUGAUUUGGUUCAUAAAAUUCAAAACGAUAACAACUUGAAAAAAUUAGAAAGCCAAGAAUCUUUAGUGAAAUUGUUCAUUACACAUGAAUUGAUGAGAUGGCCAAUUGUUCAGAAAACUUACGAGCCCGUUUUAAAUAAAGACGAUUUAGCAUUCGGCGGAGAAGCAAACAAGCACCACUGGGAAGAUCUACAAAAAAGGGUCAUCGAGCACAAUCUAAGAGUCAUUUCCGAAUACUAUUCCAGAAUCACUUUGUUAAGAUUAAACGAACUCUUGGAUCUAACUGAAACUCAAACUGAAACUUACAUUAGUGAUUUGGUCAACCAAGGUAUCAUAUACGCUAAGGUUAAUCGCCCGGCCAAAAUUGUCAAUUUCGAGAAACCAAAAAAUUCAAGUCAAUUAUUGAACGAAUGGUCGCAUAAUGUUGAUGAGUUACUAGAACAUAUAGAAACAAUAGGCCAUUUGAUUACUAAAGAGGAAAUCAUGCAUGGUUUGCAAACCAAAUAA